AUGCCUGCUAUCAGCGAAGAGCGGCUCACCCUUAACAACGGGACGUCCAUCCCAGCGGUCGGUGUUGGAUGUUGGAUGGGUGUGUGCGGCGAGGGCGAGCAAGUCACGGAAAUGGUAAAGACUGCGCUCGAGCUUGGCUAUCGCCACGUCGACACGGCUGCGAACUACGGAAAUGAGCAAUCCGUAGGAAGGGCUCUAGAAGAGUCUCAUGUCCCUCGCCAUGAUAUAUUCUUGACCACAAAGCUAGAUCAGAGUGAUCACGGCCGUGUCGAAGAGGCUUUCGCACUUAGUCUGACGAAGCUCGGCGUCGAUUAUGUGGACCUAUAUCUGAUGCAUUGGCCCAUGGCAUAUGACAAGUCAGGCAAUACACUGCAACCAGAGGAAAGCCCAACGUUCAUUGAGACGUGGCGAGAAAUGGAGAAACUCGUUGCGGAUGGUAGAGCCAGAACCAUCGGUGUCUCGAAUUUCAGCAUCAAGACCCUGACGGAGCUCCUCGCGCACACGUCCAUUGUCCCUGCCAUCAAUCAAGUGGAGCUUCAUCCGUGUCUUCCUCAGCAUGAGCUGCUCAACUUCUGUAGCGAGCGGGGCAUCCUGCUCACGGCGUAUUCUCCCGUCGGAAAGGCCAAGUUCGCGGAUGACCCAUCCAUUACAUCCAUCGCGGCAGCCCACGGACGAGGGGUGACGAACGCGCAAGUAUUGUUGAGCUGGGGCGUCCAGCGCGGAACUGCCGUAAUUCCAAAGACGGUGCAUGCUGAGCGCCUGAAGGAGAAUAUCCAGCUCGUGCAACUCAGUGCUGCGGAGAUGGAGACGCUCGACCGCUUUCAUCAAAAGCCCGGGAUGCAUCGUAGCGUGUGCGGUUUCCAUUCUGCCGAAUUCGGGGGAUCGUGCUGGGGUUGGACGUACGAGCAGCUAGGUUGGGCGAUGGCCAUGGGCGGCUUUCACCUUUGA